AUGUCUCAGCCAAGCACGCCGCUUAAUCGCACAGCCGUUCAUCCAUUCCUUCCAUCGAUGAAUCAGGAGCAACAGCUCUCUCAAGUCGACUUUGAAGAACUAUUUGGACCUGGGGGUUCAGGACAGACUAUCUUCUCGUCAAACAACAGCGACAUACUUGAUGAGCUUGGCUUCACAUACGAAGGUGGCUCUAUUGCGCCUCUUGACUCCUCGAACCGCUCCACGACAUCCACGCCCGACUUCUCCAGCCACAACUUCGACCAGGACUCACCGGCGUACCCAACCCCAGAACCAAACUCAUCACACCCGUACCCGCUAGAGCUGCAACCGGCUUACCCAACAAUAGCCAAUCAGCAAGACAUCAAUUACCGUCCUCGACCUACACGAUCUCAAACAAAUAAUGUCUAUCUCUACUCAGCACAGCCGUCGCAAGGCUGUGGUCGCCGUCGAUCGUUGAGCACCGGCGAUACAGACCGAAUCAUCGCAGCCAACAGCAUCACCAACCCAACUUUCAUUCGUCUUCAAGUACCACGCGUGAGAUCGACCACACCAGACGACAGAAGAAGGAAUAGUCAGCUCUCCCAGCACGGAAGGAGUGCAAGUCGAGGUCUCAUGCCGAGAGGUAGGCCACCAAACCCAACAAGUACACCGUACCAUGUAUACCGCAAUUCGUUGGUAGGGGGCCUGUUGCCCACACCCAUUGGCACGCCGCUGAACGAGACGAUGGACAUUCAAGAGAUGAGUUAUGGCAAUGGCUACAACCAUGUUGGCACAGUCGGUCUUACAUCCUACUCUGAAGAUCCAAUCUUUCGACAGAUGAUACGCCCUGACGAACUUGCACGAAGCAGGCACGUCAUCGAAAUUGGCGCCCUGGCCGUUUCUACUCGCUCUAAGUUGGAUCCUAGACUUGAGUCACAAAGCCCAACUACUAGUCGCGCGCGAAUCUUGGAGAAGCUGGGCGAGAUCGAAGAACAUUUGAGGGACAAGGAAGGUGAAGAAGCGCUCCCAGCGUGUAUGAUGAUUCGCUUCACGCUCUCAAAGAAGAUGGAAGCUGAGGAUGCCGAUGUAGCAGACAGCGUAGGAGGAAACCGUAUGGAGGGGCCCAGGAAGAAGUAUGCGGAAUCGCAGUGCGAUGUGUAUGACGGCCAUGAUGACAACCAGAUCAUGGAAAUGUUGAUGAGAGAGAACGGCGUUGAUGGUCAAGAGGCGGAAGAGAGUGGUGACACAGAAUAA